UUUGUCAUUAUUAAAAUGUCAACUUUUGAUUUCCAAUCCAUCGUCCCAACCAAUACAGUCAAUCUCUAAAUAAAUAUACAAAAGUUCCUGUCCCAUAUAAAUAGCACAGGUUAUGAAACUGGGUGAUAAUCAAUAUAGGGGCGGCAGGUAUCCAAAGAAGCAUGUCAAAGCUGAUAUUAUUAUUCUAGGAUGUAGUCUGCCGGGCAUCGUGGCUGCACAUAAACUUAAGACCGAAUUUGGAGACACCAUGGCAAUAGUUGUUCUCGACUUGGCCGCGCCAGUCCGCGAAGCCUCUAAGUGCAAUGUUGUGUUUCUGGGGGAACGGGAGGAGAGAAUAGAAGAUGACAGUUCCGAGGAAGGUAACGUAAUAAAGGCACCACACACGCACGUCGCUAAUAACGUCACUCGGCACUACAUCGAUAUGUACUCCAAAAUGUUCAGUAUUCCUAUCCCAGACUACAUUAUAGAGCCACAUUACCCCGAUAAACCACUCAACAAACUCUUCCAACACGUCGACGGACAAACAGCCAACUGCAUCACCAGCUACCACAAUUUCGAUUACUUAAAUGUCUGGGAACGUUUUGAGCUAAAUCAAUAUCAAAACUCUCUCGAUAGUAUUGUAAGAGAAGUCUUUCAAAUUAACAUAGUCAGCACGGACCAUGGAACCAAACGGUUGUUGUAUUACGAUCAAACUUCCAUGGAGAAACAUAUAUGUGACAGUCUUUUGUUCCCCAAUUCGAAGGACACUAUGAGGACGAUCGUUAGACUCGUUUGUGGAGCUUCAGCGGAUACAAUAUCUGUGCUGUUCUAUCUACACCAGUGCUACAGAACCAGUAGUUCUAGAAACCAUGUAGACGGCGACAACACUAAGUUCCGCGAAAAGCUCCUGGGAUAUUGCAGAAAACGUUUAGCCAACAUCUUGCAACAAAGCAUCGCUGAUAUCACACUCCGAACUAAAUCUAUUAAGCAAAUCCGAACCUAUUCUGAUGAGGAAGUUAUCCUUGAAACGAUGAAAGGUGACAGUGAUUACAUAUGCAACCUUCUUGCUAUGGCUUUAAGGCCAGAUGAACUUUAUAAUAUUAGAGUUGAAGAACGACUGUUAUCAGACACUCAAGCUGAGAUAAUAAAAGCUAUGAAACAUGGCUCAGCUAAAAAGUUUUUGAUACAGUAUGAAGAGAAUAUAUGGCAAGCUCAAGGAUUUAGUGGAGACAUUUUAAGCUUGCAAGGUCCUAUACUUUGGGCUAUGGAGCGUCCUCAGAUGUCUACCACAGGUCGCAUGGACCGAUAUGCGUCGCUGAUUGGAUAUCUGAAGGUCGGAGAAGAUGAUACAGGUGAUUCCAAAGAGCAGGUUCUUGCGCAACUAGUCAAAUUAUUUGGAGAGGAGGCAAGUACUCCAACAUUUUACAAGGAAACUAUGAUAAAUGAUAUAUUCAUACCACGAUGUGGGGAUUAUGUCACUCUUACUAAACUGAGAUAUGACGAGACUGAUGCUAAGUUUAGACACGUAGAAUGGGGGGCCAUGGAUAUUUUUGCUGAUGGAGAUGUGGCGGCUGCAUUGGAAGCUGGUCACUUAGCGUAUCUCAAUCUUAUCACUUCUUUGAGACCUCAGGCACAGAAUUUCGAGGACUUAAGUGCGAUGCAGAUGCCAACAGUUUUAGCUCACAGAUCGUUCUCAAAGUUGUUUAGCAAAAUUAAUUACUACUCUGGUAUGCGGUUUACAGCUUUUGCAACGGCUAUUUGUAUUGGUUGGUAUCUUGUGCGUUAUUAUAUGCGCAAUAGGACCUAGGAUUUCUACGUGAAGUUUUACUGUCUCGUUUAUAUUUUUAUAUUUUUACAUUUAUUUUACGUAGUUUAAUUAAAUUUUGACAGUUG